AUGAGGGAAUGCAUAAACAUUCACGUCGGUCAGGCCGGAGUCCAGAUAGGAAGUGCGACUUGGGAACUUUACUGCCUGGAACACGGAAUUCAACCAAAUGGUAUACCAGCUGAUCAUAGUAAGGGAUCAAUUUCAUUAGCUGACAAUUGCUUUACCUCAUUCUUCAAUGAGAGUCCCAAUGGUCAGUAUGUACCCAGGAGUAUUAUGGUCGAUUUGGAACCAACGGUUAUUGAUGAAGUCCGAGUUGGAAAAUAUCGGCACCUGUUCGAAAAAAGUAACAUGAUAACGGACAAAGAAGAUGCUGCCAAUAACUAUGCUCGUGGUCACUACUCAAUUGGUAGAAAUAUUAUAGACGAUGUCAUGGAUCGCCUGCGCAAGCUCAGUGAACAAUGUGCAGGUUUACAAGGUGUUUUGGUCUUCAAUUCUUUUGGAGGUGGCACUGGAUCUGGUUUUGCAUCAUUGUUGAUGCAAAGACUCAAUGACACCUACCAGAAAAAAGGUAAACUUCAAAUAGCAGUUUAUCCAUCCCCGCAAGUUUCAACGGCUGUUGUAGAACCCUAUAAUAGUAUUUUAACUACACAUGCAACUCUUUCAACAGCAGAUAUAGCAUUUAUCUUUGAUAACGAGGCACUUUAUGAUAUUUGUCGGAUGAAGUUAGGAAUUGAACGACCCCGAUACAUCAGUUUAAACCGUUUGAUCAGCCAAGCAGUUUCAUCAAUAACUGCUUCUCUCCGAUUCGAUGGAGUACUGAACGUAGACUUAACAGAAUUUCAAACCAACCUUGUGCCGUAUCCAAGAAUUCACUUCCCUCUAACAUCAUAUGCACCCAUAGUUUCCUUUGACAAAGUCUAUGAAGAAUCAAUGGGGAUCAAGGAGAUCACAAAUGAAUUAUUUAACAAAACUAAUCAUAUGGUAAAAUGCGAUACCAACAAAGGUAAAUAUAUGGCUUGCUGUAUGCUUUAUCGUGGAGAUGUCGUACCAAAAGAUGUGAACGCUGCAAUAACUAUUCUGAAAGAGAACAAAUGCAUCAAAUUUGUUGAUUGGUGCCCUACCGGUUUUAAAAUUGGCAUAAAUAGUCAGUCACCAAUAGCAAUUACCGGCAGUGAGUUAUUGCCAAUUUCUAAAGCAGCAUUAAUGUUAUCAAAUACGACAGCUAUUCAACAAGCUUGGGGUAAUUUGAAUAAGAAAUUUGACCUGAUGUAUGCAAAAAGAGCGUUCAUUCACUGGUAUGUUAAUGAAGGUAUGGAGGAAGUCGAGUUUAAAGAAGCACAAAUUGAUCUAAACAUAUUGGAAACUGAUUACGAAGAAAUUUCCAAAAAUUCGAAUGAUGAACUUGAUCUUACCAAUGAGAUACCAGAACUCUGA